CUGCCCCGGUAACCCUCAGAGCUGCUCAGUCCCUGAACUAGUGCUACCACAAUCGAAUCUUUGCCUGGGCUAUGAGAUAUGGAAGUAUAAAUGAUGGGAAGGACCUAUCUCUCUCCCGAAUGGACCUUCGAUUACACACCCCCAUGUACUUCUUCCUCUCACACCUCUCCUUCCUGGACCUCUGCUACACCACCAGCACCGUGCCCCAGCUCCUGAUCAACCUGCAUGGACUUGACAGGAUCAUCAGCUAUGGAAGGUGUGUGGCCCAGCUGUUUAUAUCUCUUGCUCUGGGAUCCACUGAGUGUGUGCUCCUGGUGGUGAUGGCUUUUGACCGCUAUGCUGCUGUGUGUCGUCCACUGCACUACACGACCAUCAUGCACCCUGUUCUCUGCCAGGCAUUGGCCAUUGCUUCCUGGGUAGGAGGCUUCUUGAACUCUCUGAUUCAAACAGGACUCAUGAUGACCAUACCGCUCUGUGGACGCCGACUAAAUCAUUUCUUCUGUGAGAUGCCUGUGCUCCUCAAGUUAGCCUGCAAGGACACAGGAGAUACAGAGGCCAAGAUGUUUGUGGCCAGAGCCAUAAUCUUGGUCUUCCCUGCAACAUUAAUUCUUGGCUCCUAUGGACACAUUGCUAGAGCAGUAUUGAAGGUAAAGUCAAUGGCUGGCCGCAGAAAGGCUUUUGGGACAUGUGGGUCCCACCUCCUGGUGGUUUCCCUGUUUUAUGGCUCAGCCAUUUACACAUACUUGCAACCCAAGGGUAGUUAUUCUGAGAGUGAUGGAAAGUUUGUUGCCCUUUUUUAUACUAUAGUGACUCCCAUGCUCAACCCUUUGAUCUAUACCCUGAGGAACAAGGAUGUGAAGGGCGCUCUGUGGAAGGUGCUAGGGAGGAGCACAGGCCAAGAGUAGGAGAAAAAAUACAGGACCACUACAACUUUCUGUGAUAGCUCUCAUAUCCUUAAGUCUACCCUUUUACAGAUAAAGAAAAAGCCUACAGUACGUCUCAGAAUUCGGUUGCUUUCUUUGUUGGGAGCUGGAAAUCAAGAUCUUCUUAACUGCUUUGUAUGUUAAUGUCUACAGUCCUUGCAAGAAAGGAGUAAAAGUUGCCUUAUC